CCCCUUUAUCCCACCCCUCGAGGAUGCACACGCGUUACCUGCACACGCGUCUCACCUGUUCCCUCCUCUCGAGGAGCAGCAGGCAGAGUCCGCUUGUGCUGAACGUGACUGUGCAGAUUUGGUGGCUGGGCGACGGGGAAGAAGUAGGGGAAAGGGCAAGAGGAGGAGGAGGAGGGGAAGAAACUAAGCACCGAAAGGCCUGGUCCCGGCCCCCUCCGCCCGCCCCCUCUGCAGGCUGGGCCUCGGGAUUGCAUCAGGGCGUGCGAAGGGAGACCUUCAGCCCAGGAGACGGAAGAGGCGGCGGCGGCCAUGGCUUUGCUCAGAGGCAAGUAGUUGUUCCCCGGGCUUAAAACUUCUCUUUCCGAAUCUCUUUCCCUUCCUUUCAGGGCUGCGUUUUGCAAGCCUGACGCUGCACUCGCGCUUCCAGAUCCGGGAGCAGCACACGCCCUAGAAACUACAAAUGCAAGAUUUUUAUGUUUACUUUGUUUUUAUGUUGCGUUGUGCUCACUCUCAUCUCGGCAGCUUGAAUAAACACGGCUUUGGAGCAAAGAACAUGAAGCAGCACAGGAUAGGAGAAACGAGGCUUGGAGUGGUUCUUUUUUAUUAUUAUUAUUUUAUUGCCGGCGUGCAUACCUUUGCUUUUUAUUAUUUCUUUCUUCUUCAAAGGCAGAGCUUUUCAGUCAGGUUUUAUUGUGUUUGCCCAUGCUGCUCCGGGAGUUGAACUGGGAUCGUUCCCAUUUUGCAGAUAGGGAAACGGAGGCUGAGAGGAGAACUUUUUAUUGAUAAGAAAUGCAUUGGAAAACAAAAAGAAACAGCUCCUAGCAUUGAUUGAUUUGUAUAACAGGUUGUCAAUCAUUUUGAAAGAUAUCUAUCCACAUUCUCCAAAUUAAAAAAAAAAACUAUAAUAUUCUACACUGAAAUGUUUACUGUAGCAAAAAGCCACCAAGCUGCAGAGACUUUGUAUGAAAAAGUUGGCUUUAAAAAAAAACACAUCUAAAAAUUAGACUGCAAUCAUUUAAGCAUUUCAAAGCUUCCGUGAAUAGGAUGGCCUAAUAAUAAUAAUAAUUGUUUUAUAUAGUGUAUUUCAAAUGUGCAAAGCCGUUCUUGCAUAUUAUCUCAGUAAUCUUUGCAAGACCCUUGUAAGUUAGGCACUGUAGGGGGCUUGCUCUGGUUUGGUGUAGCCAGGCAUGUUGAACUAGGCAGUCCCUUCUUGAGAUCAUGAAAUAGGACAUGGGAAUCACUACCUGUAAGGCUUUAGCUAUCCCUAAGCAUAUGUGGACACUUCAGUGGAUAAGGAGUUAACUAGUUUGCAAAAUGUCUGGUAAAACAUGCUUUGAAAGCUGCAGAGACUUUGUAUGCAAAUAGGGAGAUGAAUGCUGUCAUGAGUAUAUACUAGUUUCCACAUAAUGAACAACAUUGCUGCACUGGCUUGCAUUUCUAAACUUGUGCAAUGCCCCAGGUGCUUUUCUGUAACCAUGAAAAGGCACAGCUUGUGAAAAUGAUAUACAGGUGGUACAUAACCCCAGUCAAGCUUGCUAAAAUCUACCAUUUGCCUGAUAAUAAAUGUUGGAAAUGUAAAGAAACUGAAGGUACAUUUUUUCACCUUUGGUGGACGUGCCCAAAGAUUAAGGCUUUCUGGGAGAUGAUAUAUAAUGAACUAAAAAGGUAUUUAAAUAUACCUUCUUGAAGAAACCAGAGGCCUUUCUCCUGGGCAUAGUCGGCCAAUCGGUGUUAAAAAGGACAGAACUUUCUUUAUGUAUGCUACAACAGCAGCAAGAAUACUCAUUGCAAAGUAUUGGAAGACACAAGAUCUACCCACACUGGAGGAAUGGCAGAUGAAAAUGAUGGACUACAUGGAAUUGGCGGAAAUGACUGGCAGAAUCCGUGACCAGGGAGAAGAGUCGGUGGAAGAAGAUUGGAAGAAAUUCAAAGACUAUUUACAGAAAUAUUGCAAAAUUAAUGAAUGUUAGAAUGAUGUUGGAUUGAAGUUAAGGGGUUUCUAGCUGUACAGGCCAAAAGAAUAUGGAAAAAUUGGUUUUAAUAUGUAAAAUCUAAAAUUUAAAGUUAUAUUAUAUCAAGAUUAAAGAUUAGGAUUAAAAAGGAGGGAAAGGAAUUGUUGGAUUAACAUAUUUAAUUAGAAUACAAAAGAGGGAGGUAAGAGGAGGUCCGGGAAACAAGUAAAUGUAAAAGAAGUGAGGAAAAGAUGAAAUUGUUUUUAAUUGUUUUUUCUUUUUUUACUUUGUAUUUUUUCUUUUUAUUGUUAAUUCUUUCUUUACUAAUGUGGUUUUUUUCUUGUGAAACUUUAAUAAAUAUUAUUUUAAAAAAAGAAAAAGAAAAGGCACAGCUUGCAGCCUUUGAGUCUGAAAUUGCUCCUUUCAGGGAGUAUAAGGGGCUAUAUGCUACUUCCAGGAUCAGAGACAACAUGCUGGGAGAGGGCUGAUGGCUUGAUUGUGGCAUCUUUUUUGGCAUUCUGAGAAACCGAUGCCGGAUUAAAUAGACCUUUGGUCUAUUUACCCUAAUAGGCCUUUGGUCUACUUCUUCAGACUCUGGGGAGUAAAGACCUUGUCAGUAAUGAGUAUUACAGGGAAUUGAUGUCUCUGGUGAUGACUGUACACUUUUCCACACAGCUCCUCAAAAAGCAAAUACUUUGGACCCAAUUUAAGCAAAUAUUAACUAUGAAAGCAGGCUUGUUUUUGUAUCACUUCCGUAUUACUUAAUACUUAGUUGUUGGAAGAAGAACGGCUGUAUUCACUGAAGGGGGUGCGUAGGAUCUUAAGCCUUCAUUUAUCUCCAUGGGCUUCUGUCAACAGAUGGUCAUCUUGAAAGGCUUGCUAGUAGAGCACAUGGCUUUGUGAAAGGCCCCAGGUUCAGUGCUUGGUGCACACAUGAUGUUGGGUUGGGAAAGAAGAAGAAGAAGAGAAGAAGAAGAGUUUGGAUUUGAUAUCCCGCUUUAUCACUACCCGAAGGAGUCUCAAAGCGGCUAACAUUCUCCUUUCCCUUCCUUCCCAACAACAAACACUCUGUGAAGUGAGUGAGGCUGAGAGACUUCAGAGAAGUGUGACUCUCGUAAUCUGGUGAACUGGGUUCGCUUCCCUGCUCCUCCACACGCAGCUGCUGGGUGACCUUGGGCUAGUCACACUUCUCUGAAGUCUCUCAGCCUCACUCACUUCACAGAGUGUUUGUUGUUGGGAAGGAAGGGAAAGGAGAAUGUUAGCCGCUUUGAGACUCCUUCGGGUAGUGAUAAAGCGGGAUAUCAUAGUUAAGACUCCCUGAGUAAAACCCUGGAGCCCCACUUCAGUAUUGCAGACAAUACUGUGCUCACUGAGCCAAUAGUUUUCAUAAGACAGCUUCCUGUACCUCAUCAUUGUGUUUUCCAUCUUUUCCAUUCCAGGUGUGUUCAUUGUUUCUGCCAAGAGGACUCCAUUUGGGGCUUAUGGAGGCUUGCUCAAGGACUUCACUGCCACAGACUUAACGGAGAUUGCAGCACGCUCAGCCCUGGCUGCUGGCAAAGUGUCUCCCGAAAUCAUUGACAGUGUGGUUGUGGGCAAUGUCAUGCAGGUUGGUAGAACACAGAAGAUGCCAGCUGGCAAAUCCACUUGUUGCACUCAUGCUAACGUUCUCUCUCUUUCGACUUUGCUCUGUUGCCCCAUUCCAGAGGAGCUAGAAAUAAACUGGAACAACUGAGCUCUAGUAUUUUAGUGUUUUGUUGGAAGCCGGCCAGAGUGGCUGGGUGGACCCAGCCAGAUGGGCGGCGUAUAAAUAAAUUAUUAUUAUUAUUAUUAUUAUUAUUAUUAUUAUUAUUAUUACAAGUCACUUGUAAAACAGUUUCCCUUGGAGUAUUUUAUGUCAUUGAAUUUGCCCCUGCUGGCAUUGUUGGGGGUAGGAAUGAGAUGCAUACGAUCGUGUAAAUAUGUUUUUGCACCCUACAGAAUGUGUUUUGCUUUCUUUACAAUUUUUUCAUUUUUUUCCGUGCACAUAUAACAAGUACAGUCCUUAAUGAACAAAGACAUUUAGAGUAACUUAACCCAAGUUCACGUGUCUUAUUAACACAGUGAAAAUGGAAGCUCUUUAUAUAACUAUAUAACUUUAUAUAACUACUAACCAAAGCCUUGACCUGCCUUUCCCUAUAUUCUAAACUUUUGCCUAUGGUGUGGGUGUUUCCUGAAUUUCCUAUGCAGAGAAAAGCUUUGGUUCUUAGUAUCCUAGGGUAAUUUGCAUAGGGUAAUUUAUAUCGGGAAGAUUUUUACUUUGCAUCCAGUUUUUUAAAAAAUGAUGCCAAAUUGAACAUGUUUAUUUUAUUUGUAUUUAAGUAAGAAAACUGCAAAAACAUGUCCCAUGUUAUUUUUAUUUCUUGGUACAACUCAAGUAUUGGACCUAAAUUAUUUUAGGGGUGAAAUUAAACUGUGCUUAAUGCAGCUUAAAUGCUGUAUUUUAUGGAAAUAUGACUAGAAUACUUGUAAAUUUUAAAUAAAAACACAUGUACUUCACUUACAUUGUUUCCACCCCCCAAUCCUUAAAUUUAAACAAAGGUACUGGAAACUGUUGACACACCAAUAAAUUUUGUUAAUCCAAAGAACUGCACGAGAUAUGCUGACUCACAUAACUUGCCAGGGAUAAACACCUGAAAAACAUUAAUUACAACUUUGAAAGUGACAGGCUUGCUUAAUACUGUAUUUGUGGUUGUCACCCAUUCAGUGUUGCUUUUGAACCUGUGGGACACAAAAUUUCCCACCUCACAUCACUGCAUAUAACUGGCUUUCAUGGUGAUAACCUAAACCAGGGGUGGGAAAUUGCCAUCCUUCAGGCUGAACUCAGCCUCCCAGGAGUUCAGAUUUUCCCUGUAAGGCUAUUUCCCCCAGCAUCCCAGCAGGCAUGAGGUAUUCCACUGUGAUUAUUUAUUAAGAUGAUUAGGCUGCUUUUCACCAAAGGUCCCCAAACAACAGAAUCAGCAAUAGGGCAACAUAAAACUCCAGAGUAGGCUGAUGCAACUACUCCAAAAGCCUGGGAUAACACAGGGUUUGACGAGGCAAUGGAACAUUACCAUCCACACCUCCGGGGGGGGAAAUGUUCCAAAGAGGGAGGGGAGUUCCAAAUUAGCCAGUGGAACAUUAUCUGACCCAUCUUUACCCCUUGCAACAGAAUUUGAGUGUGCUGUCACCCUAGACCAGGCAUAGGCAAACUCUGCCCUCCAGAUGUUUUGGGACUACAACUCCCAUGAUCCCUAGCUAACAGGACCAGUGGUCAGGGAUGAUGGGAAUUGUAGUCCCAAAACAUCUGGAGGGCCAAGUUUGCCUAUGCCUGCCCUAGACUUCCUUUAAAGUUACAUGCAGCUCUAUCCUACACGUGCUUAAACUGAGUUAGUUUCACUGUGUUCAGCAGUUCCAAGCAAGUCUGUAAUAUGGCAACCAUUGUAGGCCGAUCCUCUGUAUGUUUUCUCACUUCCAAGCAUUGCAGUUUAUGCGUUACCUGCGUUUCUUGCUUUGAGCAGCAUUAACCAAGUGGUAUGUCUGCCCUUCCUUGCAGAGCUCUGCGGAUGCUGCUUACCUUGCGCGGCAUGUGGGUUUGCGUGUUGGAGUUCCCAUCCCAGUUCCUGCCCUAACAGUCAACAGAUUGUGUGGAUCAGGCUUCCAGUCCAUCGUCAACGGAUGCCAGGUACUAGAUUUGCUCUUACGGUACCCUAUUGCUAAGUUCCUCCUGUCCUCCAUCAGCCCAGCUGUCCAGUGCAAGUCAGGCAGAGACUUGAGAAAUGGGAAAAUAAUAAAGGUGUUGGAUACUCCCAUCUUUCUUUUUAAUUGCAUGAUAAUAACCAGAGAGUUGCAAAGUGGAGACAAGGGCAUUACUGUGAAUGGCUUACUCUACAGUGGUACCUCUGGAUACGCACGCAGCAAACCUGCAAGUAUUCUGGGUUUCGCCGCAUGCUCAGAAGAGCUCUACUGCCGUGUGCGCAUGCGCAGAAGCAAUCCCUCCAGUUGUGGAAACGUUGGGAUCUGACCGGAGCUCCGGAACGGAUCCCGUCCGCAACUGGAGGUACCACUGUACUUCUUUAUAAAGCAGUUCACACAACUGGUGAUGAAAGAGAAAACAAAACAACAGAGCAGAAUAAUAUUCUCACUUCUUCAGAUCCAUUUCCUCAAUUAAAGCUUGGCCAGCCCAACAGGCACAAACUAUAUCGCUUACAAAAUGUGCUCAGACCUGGACUGUGGUGAGUCUGCAAUGACAUGGAGUUCUGUAGGAAGCAAGUGCCAUCAAAUAAUUGCCUCUUUGUGCUCUCAAUUUCUAAACUCAACGCAAGGGGACCACCUAGCGUCUGGCAGGCUUGAUAGAGAGGCCCUGGGACCUCCAUUGAGCCUAUGAGCUAGAGAUUCCCACCACCUAUGACAUAGGUGAUGACUUUAAAAGGGCUUGUCCUAUGGAAGGAGGUGGUCUCCAAGCUGUUGAAGGCCCUAUAAACUCUUAAUUGUGCCUGAAAAGAAAAGAAAGCCAGUGCAAAGUUCUUGGAGAAGCCCGUGCCGUUAAAGCAAAAACUCUUGCAAAGUAGUAGCAAAGUGAUUAGGAAACAUAAGAGCCUUGCUAGAUCAUACCAAAGGACUAACUAGUCCAGCAUAGUCCCGUUGUUGCAGAUGGGAAACUUGCAAGCAAAACAAGAAAGCAGUUGCUCUGUCCCACUAUUGUUCCCCCAGCAACUGGUAAUCAGUCGUAUUCUGCCUCUGAUCUUGGGGAUGAUAGACAGCCACUCUCCUAGUGCAGGUACACAAUUUUUGGAGCCUCGUGCAACACCCACAGGGUUGAGGAAAGGUGGUGUGGAGGAGUAGCAUUUUUUCCCUUCAUGCACUGGCCAGCUGUCCCUCCAAAAGUAAAUUGGUAUUGCCAAGUCCUUCCUCGGUCCAGAUUCAUCUGUAAUGAGCUGAGGUGUUUUCUGAUGCACUUAUCCGACGCACACUACUAACCUGAAAUGGUGAAAUAAAAAAAUCCCUAAUGAGCUUUUUCUCUCUCGUCCCACUCAAAACAGGAAAUUUGCCUUAAAGAAUCGGAGGUAGUGCUGUGUGGUGGAACAGAAAGUAUGAGCCAAAGUCCAUAUGCUGUCCGAAAUGUCCGCUUUGGAACAAAAUUGGGAGUCGAUCUCAAGGUACAGGCGUUGGAUGCUUUGCCAUUGCUCUCAGCAGCUUUGUGUAUAUCUGGUAGUUGUUGCCUGGUAGUCAUUCCUGAAGCUGGCCAUUGUUUGUGUUGUGUUGUGUUGUGUUGUUUGGCUUUUUCCUACAAGCACUGAAUUCGUUACCCCCAAAAUCUUGUAAUGGUAUUACUAAACUUUUUGCGUUGUCUGUUUCAUCCCCCUUGCAGCUGGAAGACACACUGUGGGCAGGGCUGACAGAUCUGCAUAUUAAAACCCCUAUGGGGGUUACGGCUGAAAACCUUGCUGCGAAAUACAACAUCACAAGGGAAGACUGUGACCGCUAUGCAGUAAAGACACAGCAGAGGUGGAAAGCUGGUCAGUGGAUUUACAAGGGUUAAAAACGUACAGUAGCAUCAUCCAUUUCAAAGGGAAGCCUAGUUCUCAUAAGUGGCAGGUGGUAGACCUAUCUCUGGGCUGCACCACUCCAAGCCGCGGACUUGCGUGAUGGAAUGCUCUUUCAUGAAGAAAACAAAAUGCAAGGAAAAAGAGAGGAGGAAUCUUUCCCUUUCCUCCCAGCUUCCCCCAAACAGCAUUAAAAGGCUGUUUUGACUAAAAACGUUGACUAUUUUAAGAUGAGCAAAUGUUAACCAAUUUCACUGGCCAGUUCUUUCAGGCUUGACACACACAAAAAAUUAGUGAGCAAAACCUAACCAAUGCUGUCUUUCAGCAUCUGCUUUGGAAAACUGUGUCACGUUGCUUGUCCCUGUAACUUGCUAGGGAGUAAGUGCCAUAGAGUGCUUGCAGUUUUCUACAGGCAGCACAUUUUGCAAAGAUGUGGUUCCUUAGGCACCGUUUUGCAGUUUCAUUUUUCAUUUCAUUUCAUUUUUAAUUUGUAUACAGUGGUACCUUGGUUUAAGUACUUAAUUCGUUCUGGAGGUCCGUUCUUAACCUGAAACUGUUCUUAACCUGAAGCACCACUUUAGCUAAUGGGGCCUCCUGCUGCCGCCGCGCUGCCAGAGCACGAUUUCUGUUCUCAUCCUGAAGCAAAGUUCUUAACCUGAAGCACUAUUUCUGGGUUAGCGGAGUCUGUAACCUGAAGCGUAUGUAACCUGAAGCGUAUGUAACCCGAGGUACCACUGUACAGUGGUACCUCGGGUUACAGAUGUUCCAGGUUACAGACUCCGCUAACCCAGAAAUAGUACCUCGGGUUAAGAACUUCAGGAUGCUUCAGGAUGAGAACAGAAAUCGUGUGGCGGCAGUGGAAGGCCCCUUAGCUAAAGUGGUACCUCAGGUUAAGAACAGUUUCAGGUUAAGAAUGGACCUCCGGAACAAAUUAAGUUCUUAACCCGAGGUACCACGGUACUGCCUUUCUAUGUUACAGUGGUACCUCGAGUUACAAACGCCUCAGGUUACAAACUCAGCUAACCUGGAAGAAUUACCACGAGUUGAGAACUUUGCCCCAAGAUGAGAACGGAAAUCGUGUGCUGGCGGCGCAGCGGCAGCAAGAGGCCCCAUUAGCGAAAGCACACCUCUAGUUGAGAACAGUUUCAGAUUAAGAAUGGACCUCCGGAACGAAUUAAGUUUGUAACUAGAGGUACCACUGUACUAUGCACACGGCAGUUUCUAACAACAAAACAUACAGCAGAGAUCACACAGACCGUGCAGUUGGUCUAUUUGCCCUCCGUCAUUGUUCUUGGCUCUUAAGUACCCACAAGUCUGAUCAAACCAACCAUCUAGAGGGGUCGCUGCUGGAAGGAGACCCCAUAGACCAAGCACCCAUAUAACACCAAGCCUACAAGACCUACAUUGGCACCCAGUACAUUUCCGAGCACAAUUCAAAGUGUUGGUGCUGCCCUUUAAAGCCCUAAAUGGCCUCAGCCCAGUAUACCUGAAGGAGCGUCUCCACCCCCAUCAUUCUGCCCAGACACUGAGGUCCAGCUCCAAGGGCCUUCCGAAGGUUCCCUCCCUGCGAGAAAUAAGGUUACAGAGAACCAGGCAGAGGGCCUUCUCGGCAGUGGCGCCCAAUCUGUGGAACGCCCUCCAGAUGUCAAGGAAAUAAACAACUAUCUGACUUGUAGAAGACAUCUGAAGGCAGCCCUGUCUAGGGAAGUUUUUAAUGGUUGAUACUUUAUUGUGUUUUUAGUAUUUUGUUGGGAGCCCCCCAGAGUGGCUGGGGCAACCCAGUCAGAUGGGCAACAUAGAAAUAAUAAAAUUAUUAUUAUCAGUGGUUUUUUUCUGGGGGUGCUCAAAGAUACGCAGUACCAGCACCUUUUUCCUAGAAGGAAAGCACUGGUUAAAAUUGUGGCACUUACUGUAAAAAGCUCAUGGUGAGUCCCAGCACCCUUUUUUCUAGAAGAUUCUCUAGAAGCACUGAUUAUUAUCAUCGUCUUUGUCAUCUACCUCAAGCACGGCCCCUGGGGAGUGUUUCUUUUAAUCACCGACUGAUCUCUUUGGGUUCUCCCUCUGUGACGUACUGACGUCGGCCUUCUUGUUUUUAUAGCCCAAGAAGCCGGACACUUCAAAGCUGAAAUGGCACCUAUUGAAGUGAAAACCAAGAAAGGCAAGCAGAGCAUGGAGCGGGAUGAGCACCCUCGACCGGAGACGACUCUGGAACAGUUGGCAAAGCUCCCUACAGUUUUCAAGAAAGAUGGGACCGUCACAGCUGCAAAUGCCUCGGUGAGCCAGGGAGCUUAAAAUCCUGAUCUAAGAACGAUUUGCUCAGAUGUGGCUCCUUUCCCUGGAGCUGAAGUCAGAUUACUCAGGGUUCUUGUUAAAAAAAGCAUACCAUAUGAAAUAGAGGGCGGGGUAUAAAUAAUUUAUUAUUAUUAUUCGUCAGCUAUCCUUGCCCACAACAAGCCAGCUCUGGGGUGCAGUUAAUAAAGCAUUGCAAGCGAUGCCAUUUUUGCAAAAGCAGUAACAUUACAGAAAUUGAGAUUUGCCGAGUCUGCUACAAGAAUCUCAGCCAUAAUCUCAACCAUAGCAUCCAUGACAGCCAUCCAACCACUUCUUCUUGAGAGCUAGUGUGGUGUAGUGGUUAAGAGUGGUAGACUCGUAAUCUGGUGAACUGGGUUCGCUUCCCCGCUCCUCCACAUGCAGCUGCUGGGUGACCUUGGGCUAGUCAGACUUCUUGAAGUCUCUCAGCCCCACUCACCUCACAGAGUGUUUGUUGUGGAGGAGGAAGGGAAAGGAGAAUGUUAGCCGCUUUGAGACUCCUUCGGGUAGCGAUAAAGCGGGAUAUCAAAUCCAAACUCUUCUUCUUCUUCUUAAAACCUGAGUGUUAAUAGUGGAGGUUAAGCUUGACCUAAGUCAUAUAUGUCUCUGCCACUGAUCAGUUUUACUCGAGAAUGGCCCUCUUAUUGGGCAGUCCAGUUCUUAUGGCCCAGGAUGACUGCUCUGACAUCAUCUGAUAGGAAGUGCCUACAGAGGGUGGUGAAUACAGCACAAGAUAUUAUGGGCUGUCCCGUGAAUCCGCUGGAUGAAAUAGUGGAAGAACGUUGCCACAGGAGAGUGAGGAAAAUUCUCAGGGAUGAUUCACACCCUGGCCGGCACUUUCUUGAUCUCCUGCCCUCAGGCAGAAGAUAUAGAAGCAUGAUUAGUCGCACCAACAGGGUAAAGAACAGCUUCUAUCCAUGGGCUGUUAGGCUGCUGAAUGAAAAGAUAACAACAGGGCAACUGACUUUCGGGUUUGGUGGGUGUGCGUCAGUAAACGAGGGGAAUUAAGACUUAAGAGAGCUGGGGGAGUGCUCGUGUAAUCUCACUUGUAUACAAGUUGUACAAGUGACAAUAAAGUAUUUCAAUUAUUUCAAUAAGCUGCCCUUUUGAGUCCGCAUAACAUCUAAUCCAGGGCAAACUCUUGUCAAUGCUCAGCCGCAGAUUUAGUGUCUGUUUUUCUCUUUCUAGGGGGUAUGUGAUGGGGCCGGAGCAGUGAUCAUAGCGAGUGAAGAAGCCUUGAAAAAGCACAGCCUCACGCCAUUGGCUAGAAUAGUAGCCUACCAUGCAUCCGGAUGCGACCCCAACAUCAUGGGCAUUGGUAAGUUACAGUCUUGGGGACUUUCCCUGCGUGUGCAAGGUGGCCCAUGCAAAUCCUGAUUUGCAGCAACAGCAUGAAAUCCUGAGGCCCUUCUUUAAGGGAGCCUCGGAGCAGGAUGACAAGGGGCAGGGCCUUUUCAGUUGUGGCUCCCCAUCUGUGGAAAGCUCUCCCCAGUGAGGUCCCCCUGGCUCCUUCGCUGACAACUCUUUGGAGCCAGGUUUUUAAGCAGAGCUAGACGGCCAUCUGCCAUGGAUGCUUCAGUUGAGAUUCCUGCAUUGCAGGGGGUUGGACUGGAUGACCCUCAGGGCCCGUUAUAUGAUUUAUGUUCAUGUUUCUAAAUUUGUUGUAAGUCUCUGGGACAUCUUUAAGUAACUAGUCUAAUAGGUCCAGCGCCGAGGGCCUUCUGGCGGUUCCCUCACUGCGAGAAGCCAAGUUACAGGGAACCAGGCAGAGGGCCUUCUCGGUAGUGGCACCCUCCCUGUGGAACGCCCUCCCACCAGAUGUCAAAGAGAACAACAACUACCAGACUUUUAGAAGACAUCUGAAGGCAGCCCUGUUUAGGGAAGCUUUUAAUGUUUGAUGCAUUACUGUAUUUUAAUAUUUUGUUGGAAGCCGCCCAGAGUGGCUGGGGAAGCCCAGCCAGCUGGACGGGGUAUAAAUAAUAAGAAGAAGAAGAAGAAGAAGAAGAAUCCUAAUGGAGAGUACCCUUUCUGGAACAAAGUGAGUGGGCAUAUUAGAUGAUGUUGUUAAAUUUAUAUCCCGCCCUAUACCUGCAGGGCUCAGGGCGGUUCACAGAAUAAAGUUGCCUUUCCCUGUUUUCUUUUUAUUUUUUAAUGGAGUGGGGGGAGAUAUCAGAGUUGGGCAACCUGCUGCCCCCCCAGACAUUGUUGAACUGCAACUCCUAUCAGUCACAGCCAACAUGGCCAGUGGUCAGGGAUGAUGGGAACUGUAGUCCAGCCACAUCUGCAGGGCACCAGGUUGCCCACUCUUGGUGUGUGUGUAUAUAAAGCACUGAACUAUCAGUUCUCUACUUGCCCUCAUGCAUGUGUAUGUUUUUAACAAAGGUCCAGUGCCUGCUAUUACUGAAGCCCUGAAGAAAGCUGGCCUUUCCCUGAAAGACAUGGACUUAGUUGAGGUAAGGAAAGCUGUGCAGAACCCAAAACGAAUGAAACAAUACCUUAAUAUGGCCUUCAGGUGGUGGGGAAUUUAUGGCCUUACAGAUUUUGCUGGAAACAACUCCCAUCAUCCCUGAUCCAUUGGCCACGUUGGCUGGAACUGAUGGGAACUUGAGCUCAACUUUUCCCGAGAUAAGCUAUAGUCGAGUGACGUUCACUUAAAAGUGAACUAUUAAGUGCAGUCUUUGGUCUGCCUAUGGGUUAGGCAGGGUCUAAGUACAGGCUGCUGAAGAUUGUUCAUCUCUUAUUGGAAGCAGCCUUCAAACACUGGAACUCAGGAGAUCUGUAUAGCUAUUUCCCUGGUUGCAUUUCAACACCUCUUUAUUGUUGGUUCAAGCCAACAUUUGGCAUGAAUAUUAGAUGAAUUAUUAUUAUUAUUAUUAUUAUUAUUAUUAUUUUCCUCCCUUCAGUUCUUGGUUGAUAUUUUAUUUGGAACUUGGUUGUGUUUUUAGUAUAUGUUUUGCAAUAUAUGUUAUUAAUUCUUUCAGGUCUGCCACCUUGAGUUUUAUGAGUUAGAAAGAGGUUACAGACCUUCUUAAAUAAGUUGGGAAGUUAAAGGUUUAAAGCAGGGUUUGCAUCUGACCUGUCAUGUUCUCAUUUUGAUUUUUAAAAAAAAACAUAUACUUUUGACCAGUGGUUUUCUGCUCACCCACACCUUGCGAAAGCUGCUUUCUGCAUCACUUUUGAAGCAUCUGAACUGUCUUCAAGGAUAGCUCCAAGUAGAGUAUGUUACAGCAGUCCAACCUAUAGGUGUUUCCAACUUUCUCUCUCUCUCUCUCUCUCAUGUUUCAAGGUCAAUGAGGCUUUUGCUCCACAGUAUUUGUCAGUAGAGAAGGUUUUGGAUCUGGACCCAGAAAAAACAAACGUCAAUGGAGGAGCCAUUGCUUUGGGUCACCCACUGGGGGCAUCGGGUUCAAGGAUCACUGCUCAUCUGGUUCACGAACUAAGGUCAGUGAGUAGCCUGAAGGAACCUCUUGGGAACGCUUCUCGGUUUUGCUUUUUAAAAUGCUGUGGAAUACAUGCUUGGAAAAGAGCACGGUUGGCAUCUGCGUUUUAAGAAGGUGACGUAGGAAGUCAUGGAGAAGAAGACCUUCACGUGAGACCUGGAGAGCUCAGAGUUGGGGUCAAUAGUGGGCUAGAUGGAUAAAUAGUCGGAACUGGUAUAAAGAAGCUGAGAUAAAAAUAAACAGAAUUUAGCUUGCUAAUUGCAGUCUGGCUCAGAUUCACAAGGAGUGUAGCUUGGUGCACACAGUAUGGCUGUGUGUUCCCUUCCCUCCAGCAAGUAUGUCAGGCUGCUUAUCUGCUGUAGGAAACACUCUUCCCACCAACAUCAAGGCAUCGCAGUGCAGUGUGCUUGGCAGUCCUUGCCAUAGAUGUCAUCCUGUGGAGCAAAAGAAAGGAACGGUAGAACUCAAAUAAUUAAAAGUCUUUCAGAACAGGAUGGCAAGGCUUGAAUCACGAUGCCUUGAUAACUUGUUUUCUUGUUUGUUCUUUCUCGUUUUUUUAUAGGCGCCGUGGAGGUAAAUAUGCAGUCGGUUCGGCUUGCAUUGGAGGAGGCCAAGGUAUAGCUGUUAUCAUUGAGAAGACAGCCUAAAGGAAAUUCGAGAAUCUUGGAUGGACUCUCCACCAACUGUUACAUGCUCACUAGAAGAAUUUAGAGAGGAGGAGGAGGAGAUGGCCCCACUUGUUUGCAAAUCCAUGAAACAGACUGGUAUGGACCAUCUGGCAGGCUAGGGGGAUAUUGCAAAGUCUUCUUUGGAAAAAAGACUAUAACUAGAUAAUCUCUAAUUCAAUUGUGUGAAUCUAGCUGUAAUCUCCACUUAUCUUGUACGUCCUGCUGAGUUAAAAUGUGACUUCUAAGUAUGAAUUUUAUUGAACAAAUGUUAAGAUGCCAAGUAUCUACUAACUAUGCCUUACACCAAAGCCUGCUAUUUUAUCAAUCAGUGCUGUCUUCCAAGCUGUUAGAUCACCGCACUGGAAUACUUCUGCAAAUGUAGGUAGGGAAGGGAUUUUACAUUGCUGCCAAAAAAAUGUUUUUCUUGAAUGGAUUUUGCAUAAAGCUGCGCAGUGUUAAGAGCUGGGAACAAAGUGUAACAAAAUCAGUGUGCCUUUAGAUGAUAAAAUAAUAAUAAAAAUAACCAAAUGAUUCUA